UCACCGUGUUAUAACAAAGACGGCACGUUUCUGGGGAACGUGCUUCGUCUUCCUAAAGAGAUUCAGAAGCAUCAGAUCACCGAGUUUCGCUCUUGAAUCCGGCUUCCAGGAUUUUGAAGUAGAGAAAUGGAUUGGAAAGGGCAAAAACUAGCGGAAGAGCUUAUGAAAAUUCUGCUCAUAGCCUUUGGUGGUGUUGCUUUCAUUGCUGGAUAUGUAACGUCUUCGUUUGGGACAAUGAUGAUGAUCUAUGCUGGAGUUGUGCUUUUUACAGCUAUGUUCACUGCCCCUAAUUGGUCUUUUUUCAAUCUUCAUCCCCUCAAGUGGUUAGAUCCAAUUGAAGCAGAGAAGUAUCCUAAACCUGAACUGACGACCGAGUCUUGGAAGAAGAGAAAUAGUAAACAUUGUUAGGUUUGAUUCUUUGAGCUUCUCUGUUUUGGAGUUCAAGAUUGUUUCAUAUGUCUUUGGUCUCUGAAUUCUCAAUCUUUUACCUUGAUAGACCCUUUUUAAUGUGAUGAGAUGAGCUAUUCUAAAUCGCAAACCUUUGGUGAUCAAAGAUAUGUUAAUCUUUCUAUGUUCA